CGUGGUUGUGAGUCACGCUGCUCGUGUUGGUUGCAGGCGCUUGCAGAUCCCCCCCCCCGGCCACGUCGAGCGAGAGAACACUCCGGCGCUGGACUGGCAAGUUGCAACUUGGGGCAAAAGUGAGAGGACACCUCCAGUAUCCCAACAGAACCAACCAUCCCAUAGGAAGAGCCUGCUACAAUGGCUGCUCUCGCCCCUUGCGAAUAUAAGACUGGAAAGGCCUUGGGUCAAGGAAGUUAUGCUACCGUGAAAGAGGCCGUCAAGAUCAGUACCGGCGAGAAGUUCGCCGUGAAGGUCAUCAGCAAGAAGCUUAUGCGAGGAAGGGAGCAUAUGAUUCUGAACGAAAUCGAAGUGUUGAAGAAGGUGUCGAAAGGGCAUCCGAACAUCGUCACACUCUGGGACUACUUCGAGACCCCAAACAACUUGUACUUGGUGAUGGAUUUAUGCAUGGGCGGCGAGCUCUUCGACUGCAUUUGUGAGAGAGGAAGCUUCACCGAGGCAGACGCGGCCGAGAUCGUGCAGGUUGUCGUCAGCGCGGUUGCCUACCUCCAUGAUCACAACAUCAUACAUCGUGACAUCAAGCCGGAGAACUUGCUCUUCAAGACGAGGAAUAUCCUCAGCGAUCUGGUCAUUGCCGACUUUGGACUGUCGAAGAUUGUGGCGGACGACAAAUUCGAAGGCUUGAUUACCGUUUGCGGAACACCUGGCUACAUGGCUCCUGAGGUCAUUCAGAAGAAAGGACACGGAAAGGCCGUGGAUCUCUGGUCAAUAGGCGUCCUGGCAUACUUCCUGCUGUCCGGAUAUACCCCUUUCGAUUACGGAGCAUCGUCGCAGGCCGACGAACUCGACAACAUCUUGCACGGGAGGUUCACAUACGCGCCGCCAUACUGGUCGCACGUGUCUGACAUCGCAAAGGAUUUCAUCUCCAAGUUGCUCAUCGUCGACCCUCACCAACGCAUGACGAUCCACCAGGCCCUUGCGCAUCCUUGGCUGCGCAUGUACAACGCCUCGAAUGAUAUGCACACGCCGACACCGACAACGCCCGACCUCAUGCCGCUCGUGCGUGAUCGGUUCAACCAGUCCAAGGCGCUGCGGAGAUUCAGGGUUGCUGCCGACACGGUCAUCGCAACCAACAAGUUCACCAAAACCCCGCACACCCAACAAAACAACGGCUUCGACAUCCGCGACUACCGGCCAACAAGCGAAGAGGAUCUCAUGGUCAUACCACGGAGCUGAACACAAUACAACACAACAGUCUCCCGCACCCAUUUUCUUCACACCACGCAGGCGUCGCGGCGAUAGUUUUUCUUUACC